UUUGCGGUCAUUCCAAACCAUUUGCUUACUUAGUUUUGAAAAAUCCCUCGAUACAUUAAUGUUCUUUCUAAGGUGCAGCAUGAUUAAAUAUUUUAUAUGAAUUAUUUUUUGUUAAAAACAAUGUUCUUACACAAGCUCAAUUAACAAGUUAUUCAACGUUGACUCAAUUAACUACUCUCAAAUCAGUAACCACUCACAUUUUUAAAUACUUUUUCUAAAGACUUCAUAGUUUACAAUAUUCUCUCCAUUCUUCUUCAUAAGAAUUAAGAUCAUGGCUCCUGAAUACUACGAUUUUGGACCAUACAAGAUCCAUCACAGUUCAGUGUUCUAUACAAAUGAUCUGUGUUUCGCCUUUGUCAACCUCCGUCCGGCUGUGCCUGGUCAUGUUCUGAUCUGUCCAAAGCGCGAAGUCAAGCGUGUUGCUGAUCUCACUGCUGAAGAGAUCACUGAUCUGUGGAUGAUAUCACAGAAAGUUGGUAGGCAGCUUGAGAGCUAUCAUAAGGCAUCAUCACUUACAUUUUGUAUCCAAGAUGGGCCACAAGCAGGUCAAUCAGUACCUCAUGUUCAUAUCCAUAUCCUUCCUCGGAUGAGUCGUGAUUAUGAGAACAAUGAUGACAUUUAUGAAGAUAUAAAUAAAAAGGAGAAAGAGUUGAAAGAAAAGCUUGAGGUGGAUAAAGAGAGGAAAGACAGAAGCCUUGAAGAAAUGGCUCUUGAGGCAGAUGAGUACAGAAAAUUCAUCAUUUGAUGCUUUAAAAUUUGCAACAGAAUAAUAUUUGAACAUUACCAAAAUCUUAUAUUUUAAAAGGGAAAAAGAAGAUUUCCUGAUUAAACAUUUUAACCACCAAACUCUCAAUUUUCUAGUCUAUUUGGACAAUUUAUAUACUUUGUGGUAAUCAAAGAAUAACUUGUUUCUUUCCUUGAAACUUGAGUUGCAAACUGGAUUGAACCAAUUAUUCAAGGUGUUUGAUUCAUCUCCUCAAACCCAUUUGCUAGUGUUUCAAAA